CAACAUAAAUACAGCUAUCACAUGCGCGCUUUACAAUAGACGUUCCCGAAAUGAUGCUUUAUAUAAUGAAGAGGUUUACGACUUUCAUAUUACAAAAACUUCACCAUUGCUACAUAAUGUUACCUGAAGCCGACAGCGCGGUCGAUGAGCCACAAUCGCCCCGGAAUGAAAACGGUAACAAUCACCCUAUUGGUGCUUUAAAGAGCAGAAUAUGGUUCAGUCGUAACCAUUAUGUCGGAGCACUACUCUUCAACUUGGGCGCUUUCGUCCUCCCGGCUCUAUACAGUACGCUAUCUAAAUUAUGGGUUGCGGAAAUCGACUCGUCACUUGUUGUUACGACCGAUGUAUACACCUAUAUUGGAGUGGUAGUCGAGGUUCUAAACGAGGGCCUCCCCCGCGCCUCCUGGGUCAUCAUUGCGGACAAAGACUCGCGCUCGUUAACACAGCGCCUCAGCUUAGCCUACACGCUUAUUCUAUUUCAGUCUAUCCUUGGACUAAUAAUGAGUAUUGCAUUUAUCGCCGGCGCCGCCACAUUUGCGGAAGGGUUUGUCCCCGUCGAGGUUCGUGCCGCGAGCUUGACUUACAUCCGGAUUAGCGCCUUCUCGGCCCUAAGCUCGGCGAUUGAAACUGCUGUGGCGGCGGCGACAAGAGCUCUUGACAAGCCCGAUAUUCCACUGGUUAUCAGCUUGACUAAAUUUGCCAUAAAUAUUGUUCUGGAUAUGCUGAUCAUUUCACGAUUCCACGUUGGCAACAUUCAACCGACUAUUAAUAUUCAAGCUGGCAUCCAGCUUGCUUGUAAUAUGACGGCUGCCUUCAUAGGACUUGCUUACUUUCUUUGGACGACGAACUUGCAACACCGAAAUCAUCAACUAGAACUUUUCGAUAACAACAAUGAGGAUGUUCCUCGGGUGCAGAUAGAAUCCGGUACCGAAAUCCGUUUGAGUUUCCGUGCCUUGGCUGUACUACUGCGGCCUGGGAUUCUAACCCUCGCUGAGUCGGCCAUACGAAAUGCCCUUUACCUCUGGCUAGUCAGUACCAUCGUGGCGCUAGGUUCUACGUAUGCAACCGCCUGGACAAUAUUCACUACUAUCCGCUGGGGAUUGGUUAUGGUUCCCGUUCAGUCACUAGAGGCGACGAGCCUUGCGUUUAUUGGUCACCACUGGGGAUCUUGGCGCCGUUCUAUUAGUAAGACGACGCGUAGGCCUGGUCGUGUCGCUUUCAAAACUAUCAUCCGAAUUAUAAGACCGGCUCUCGUUUCCUUCGUUAUCGCCCUCAUAGUUGAAGUCCCUCUUGCCAUCUUUCUAUCCAUAUGGGGUGCUAGAUCGUUCGCUCGAUACCUGGGCCAACCGGAUGAAGUUGCAGACAUCACAGCAUACAUGUGGCGGACUACUGAUUGGUGCUACAUAUUCUAUGCUAUGUCGACCCAGCUUGCCACGGUUCUCCUGGCCACACAGCCCAAAUGGUACCUCUACCAGAGCUUGGUUAGCAACCUUCUCUACGUUUUACCAUGGGCCAUUGUCUGCCAGGUGAAGGAUCUGGAUGUGAGCAAUGCUUGGACUUAUCACAGACUAGUUUUCGGUGGAAGCUUAGUGUUCAGUUUCAUCGACGUUCUGGUUGUGGAUGCUGCGUGGGUAUGGACGUUGAUGACCGGAAGGGCGAGGCUUGAGGUAUUUCGAGAAAGCUGAUAUGACACUGAUGCGCAUGUCAUGUCCCAAUAAGGCUUAUGGGUACUAUAGGUACGCAACACGAGACUAUAGAGACAUAUAGAAACCAUGAUCCAUAGUUUCUAGGUAUACGAAAGCCAGAGUAUAUCUAUUAUGAAAUCUAGACCUCCUAUAUUGUCCAACCUCUCCGGGAGGGCUGCGUAUAGCACAUGUACUUACUUUUCUUCGCCAAUAAGGCUAUCCAAGCCCAGUGUGUGCAUUCUGGAAGGUAAUACCAUCGAGUACCCGUGGCAAAUUUCCCCUCGCUAUUUAGUGUCACCAAGAGAAGAGUUAUUGCCCUUGACUUACUAAAACGAACAUUUUAUAUUCCAUAUAAAUAUGAGGUACC